AUGGGUUCUAGCACAAAACGAAAGAAGGAGAAGCAAAAGGACUUCCAAAAACCCAAGCUCAAGGUUGGAAAGGCCAGAGCCAAACCGGAGAACUUUACCGACACCAGUUUCCGAUCAAAAGCAAUUGUCCUCAGUCAACAAUCUCUCCAUCUCGCCGCCCCAUCAGCAAAUAGCCAAUUCACUCACCACCUGUCUCUCCUCUCAUCCAAAUCCGAUACACAACGACGAGAUUCUCUCGCCCACCUGACAACCACCCUCGCAUCCCGCCCCGUAAACUCCCCCCUUCCCCAGCCCGUCAGUGUAAUUCUUCCAUCUCUUCUCCCGCUCCUCCUAGAUGCAAGCAACAAUGUGCGCACACAACUCCUAAAACUCCUCCGAACACUACCAACCACCGACGUCGAGGACCACGUCGGCCAACUUCUUCCCUAUGUCCGCGCAGGAAUGACCCACCUAGCAGCCGACAUCCGCCUCUCAGCAAUCGAGGUCUUAUCCUGGAUGGUUGAAGCCGCCGGUGAGCAGGUAGUCGCCUGCGCAGGCGGUUGGAUCAAAACGCUCAACUGCUUCAUGUCAGUAUUAGGCUGGCACACAGAGGAGUCAUCAAGAUGGUCAUCCAACCGCGCAUCAUUUGGGAAAUCAGGCAGCAAAGGCAAGCCCAUGAUCAAAGUGCUAGGCGCCCUAGCCGAGCUUCUAUCCGCAGGAAUCGGUGAGCCAGGCACUGUGGACGAUCUACCCGGGCAGACGGAAUCCUCAUGGCAAUUCCCGCUCUGCCAAACAGGUCAGCACAUGUUGUCUGAAUCCUCUGCGCCAUAUGCAUACUUGAAUCUGUUUGGGCAGCCGCGCGAUGAAGAGGGCGAGAUGUAUGAGACCCGCGAGGAUCGGUAUCGGGUUUUUGAGAGCCGGUUUAUGCCGGCGAUUCAGCGCGGGUUGAAAAGUGCGCGUGAGGAGGGCGGCGAACUUGGUCGUGCUUCGUCUGGCGUGGCUAAGGUGCUCAAGGGGGCUGUGGCAUAUGGGCCAGGUCCGUGA